AUGGUCUACCAGCCUUGGUUGAAAUGUCCAAUAUCAGGAGAGACGAAACCUGAGAACUUGCGCAGAAUCCUGUUAAUCCCAGAACUAGCUGACGACGAGGACGAGAUGAAGGUGGCAUGUACGGAGUGGUUCUGGGGUCUUCAGAGGGGUGGCCUUUCUUAUCAUCUUGCGACGGCACAUAACUUCUUGUUUUUUCGGGAGGAUAUCGCUCAUCUCUAUGCGAGCUUCCAGUUCAUCUUAGCCCCAACCUUCAAAACUUUUCUUGACGUCAUGGAAUUUGGUAACUGGGCUGGCGUAAAGAAUCGCAAAGAGAAAGACAGAUCACGUCGCCGUCCCCUGACAGCGCUCACACCCUCAAGCGGGGUCUACCGAUACGUCUUCAUUCCGAUGACAGACGCUGCCCGCCAACUGCAGAAGGAAUUCAAUCUCCAGCCACAAACGCAAGAAGACCUGAACGGCGGCCUGGAUCCGAUAACAAAGGAACCAUGGAUCGAAGGAACCGAAGAUUUCCCUGUGGUCGAAUGCUACGGGCACCCUUACUCUGUCAGCACCCUGGCCGAGCACGCCUUCGAUUAUUACGACGACUGGGCGACGCCAGUCACCACCCAAUGGUCACUUUGCACCCUGAGAAUAAUCAGACAAUGGAGUGUCUCUAAGGCACGCGACGUGCCCCGAUGGUUCAUCGACUCGCCUGGGAUGGACGUCGACGACAUCACGGUCAACAGCGCGGAAGCGGAUGGAUAUACCAUCUCCAGGAGAAGCCAAGACGGAGACGGUCGCCCCCGCACCGUAUACGAGGGGCAGGAAGCGCUGGAAACCAAGGUAUCGACUUGGGCAGAGGGAGUGGAUCCUAAUUCCAAACCCGAGGAGCAAGCGCCGGUCCCUCGCGAGCCCAUCCCGGUCCGCCGCUCAGUGCGGAUUGCCGAGCGCGCUAACCCGUAUAAACGGCCAGGGCAGGCCUACUACUACAGACCGGAAUCACCUGCACGCAAGGCGCCGUGGCCCUGCCCUGAGGAUGAAGAUCCCUACGCGACCCCGCCCGCGUGGGCAACGCGCAACGGCCAGUACCCGACACGAAGGUUCUCGAGCAACGACUGGGCAUACUUCCAUUACAGCGUCUCUCUCCCGGCUCCUCGAAAAUCCUAG